AUGCAAGGAAGGAUUAUUCCGAAAGCCAAUACUAGUAUGGCUAGAGAAAAACGCAGUUUGGAUCCCAACAGUAGUGAGGAAGGUCAGGGUGAUAGAAAAAGGCCUGCUCUUGCAAGUGUCAUUGUUGAAGCCCUAAAGGUGGAUAGUCUGCAGAAACUUUGCUCGUCAUUAGAGCCAGUUCUACGGAGAGUUGUAAGCGAGGAAGUCGAGCGUGCUUUGGCAAAGUUAGGCACUGCUAAACUUAAUGGGAGACCAUCUCCCAAGAGAAUUGAGGGGCCAGAUGGAAGGAAUUUACAGCUGCAGUUUCGGACUAAGUUGUCCCUUCCACUCUUUACUGGAGGAAAAGUAGAAGGCGAGCAAGGGGCCACAAUUCAUGUUGUCUUGAUUGAUGGAACAACUGGCCACAUCAUAACAUCUGGGCCAGAGUCCUCAGCAAAGCUAGAUAUUGUUGUGCUUGAAGGAGACUUCAACAAUGAAGAUGAAGAAGGUUGGACUCAAGAAGAAUUUGAUUCUCAUGUAGUCAAAGAACGUGAAGGGAAGCGGCCGCUUUUGACUGGGGAACUUCAAGUGACUUUAAAGGAAGGCGUAGGAACAUUAGGCGACUUGACGUUUACUGACAAUUCUAGCUGGAUUAGGAGCAGAAAAUUCAGAUUAGGUUUGAAAGUUUCUUCUGGUUGCUGCGAGGAUAUCCGAAUCCGUGAAGCUAAAACAGAUGCAUUCACUGUCAAGGAUCAUAGAGGAGAAUUGUACAAGAAACACUAUCCACCUGCAUUACAGGAUGAAGUUUGGAGACUGGAGAAGAUCGGAAAAGAUGGUUCCUUCCACAAGAGGCUGAAUAAAGCAGGAAUAUACUCGGUAGAAGACUUUCUGAGACUUGUGGUUAGAGACUCACAGAGACUUCGAAAUAUUCUAGGAAGUGGAAUGUCAAAUAAAAUGUGGGAGGUUCUGGUGGAGCACGCAAAGACUUGUGUAUUAAGUGGGAAUCAUUACAUCUACUAUCCUGAAGAGCCGAGAAACGUUGGGGUUGUUUUCAAUAACAUUUAUGAAAUGAUCGGUUUAAUCGCUGGUGAACAAUAUCAUCCAGCUGACACUCUUUCUGACAGUCAAAAGGUCUAUGUUGAUACCCUGGUGAAGAAAGCAUAUGAGAACUGGAUGCAUGUUAUAGAGUAUGACGGCAAAUCUCUCCUAAGCUUCACUGAAAAUAAGGCAUCUUCUACUCCUCCAAGUGAUAAUAUUAUUGGAUCGCAAAAUACUUCAAACACUUACGAUUAUCAAGUUAAUUUACCAAGCCUUCCACCUUCAAUUCCUGCAGAGCAGCCUUCAAUCCCUCCAGGGCAGACCACGGGAGGUUAUGAUAAUGUUGGAAACAGAUUUCCCCUGGAAUCUCAUGGCAUGAAUGUGAGUUCUACUAUUCAUAUUAGUAGCACUUCAUUGCCUCUUCAUAACCACAUGCUUAGUGCGGCAUCGCAAGUUCAGUCACCUGCAAAUACAAAUCUACUUGCCCUUGGUCCUGCACAGCCAUCCAUGUCGACAUUCCAUGGGGGCAGCACAUCUAAUGCUGCCUCUUACAGGGGAUUCAAUGACGUCAUGACUGAAGAAGAUAUUCGGUUAAGAAGUCAUGAAAUGCUUGAAAAUGAAGACAUGCAGCAGUUACUUCGCAUGUUCAAUAUGGGAGGAGGUUAUGGUCAAACUCACAUGAACGUGACUGAAAAUAAUUAUCAUUACAACUUGGGCUACAUGCCAAACAUGUCUGCAAACUAUGGUUUUGCUGAGGAUAAAACACGUUCAUCGGGUAAAGCAGUGGUAGGGUGGCUAAAGCUCAAGGCAGCUUUGAGAUGGGGCAUUUUUGUCAGGAAGAAAGCUGCUGAGAGAAGAGCACAGAUUGUUGAAUUAGAUGAGUCAUAG